GUCAUGUUUGAUUGACUUAAAUGUUUUUGAAAAUAUUUUUCAAAUCAAAAAAAUGACUUGCCUCGAAAACAUUUUUUCAAAACUAUUUUUCAACCUCACACCUCAACUUUCUAUCCUAACUCGAUAUCUAUUCUCCAUACUAAUGCGGGAUCCAACUCCUGAUUCUUGAUUUGAGACUCGAUUUGCUAUCUCAAAUGGAGACCCUACUCUCUGAGUAUAUCGCUGUAGUAAGUAGUAAUUAACUACCUCAUUAUUCUCUACAAUCUCUUGUUUUAAAUUAGCUUUGAAGAAACUGUGUAUCAUACAUCACAAGUCGGUCAACAUAGACAAAAAUUAUAGCUGACUGUGAAUGGGAAAUGCCAGCAAAGUUGACUUGUUAUUUGUUAAUUGGUACACAUUCUAUUCCUAUUCCAGUCCCCACCCCCAAUAGUGUUGCAUUAUCUUUUUUUAUUUGCUUGCUGUUUCACGGGUCAGCUACUAGGUUGACUUGAUUGUUCGUGUUUCACAUAAAUUUUAUUAUGGAAGUCUUUAUAAAUUCAUAACCAAAUGAAAAAGGAACACAAGGGAAGCAUGCUCCAAUCAAGAUCAACCCGUUUUUUGCUUAAUUUGAAAAUCUUCUUCCUAAUUAGCCUGUUUUUCCAAGAAACUUUACAAUUUUCGGGCACGGAACGGUACAUAUUACUAAUCUUGAAACAACACAGGAGGGAUUCGAAGUUUUUCCAAUCGUGGAAUUCGAAUUCUUCAGAAUGCAAUUGGUCUGGAGUUUGGUGCAUCGAUGACAGGGUAGUCACAGAACUACAUCUUGGAGGAAAAAACAUAACCGGAACAAUUUCAUCGAUACUAUGUGAGCUCAAGAACCUUACCUUCAUUGAUCUCUCCAACAAUAAUAUUUCAGGAAUCAUACCAGUAAGCCUGAAAGAUUGCUCAAUGUUACAACAUUUGGAUUUGUCCAAUAAUACAUUGAGCGACCGGAUUCCAGGUGAGUUGUUUGAGAUGAAACAAUUACUCAAUUUGUAUCUUAAUGGUAAUAUGUUGUCUGGUGAGAUGCCAAAAGAAAUAGCAUCAUCCCAGCUGAAAAAUAUUAAUCUCUCUGAGAACUACCUGAACGGUUCGAUACCAGAAGAUAUUGGUAACUUGAAAAAUAUUGUGAAAUUGGACAUGUCACAUAAUUCUUUAAGUGGUUCAAUUACUAACAAGUUGUUUCAGUUGCAUCAUUUGCGUCACCUGUCACUAAGUUCCAACUAUUUGUCCAGUGUGAUACCUGAUGAAAUGGACAUGUUUAGUUUGUAUGAUAUGGAUCUUUCACAUAACCAGUUGACUGGUUCUAUGCCAAAGGGUUUUCGGUAUUUACCUGGACUGCAUGCUCUGGAUUUGUCGUAUAAUCAGUUAUCAGGAGAUAUCUCGCAAAGUAUAGAACAUCUCAGGCCUAGAAAUACUUUAAGACUUUGUUCCAACAAAUUCUCAGGAAGAAUUUCUGCUGAAUUUGUGAAGUUAAUAUACGAAGAGAACUGCUUUGACGAGUCCAAUCUUUGUUCUGCAUCCAAGAACUUAUCCGUUCCUAGCCUACCAAGCUGUUCCUCUGGUGAUGAGGUUCAAAAAUCUUCUAGACCAAAACACUUGAUUAUCAUUAUUCCUAUUGUAGGAUUUGGGGUAGCAAUACAGUUAAUAUGGAUCUUUUACAUGGUCAGAAAGCAUUGGUGGAAAACAAAGAAGCGGAAUGUUAAAGAUGACAUGAAGCUCAUUUCAUUUCAGAAGUUGAAGGUGACUGCAGAAGACAUUUUGUGUAGCUUGAAAGACGAAAACAUAAUAGGAAAUGGAGGAUCAGGGAAGGUUUAUCGAGUUGUGAUCGACCAAACAGGCAAUACUUAUGCUGUUAAAAGCAUAGGGCAUGGAGAAAAAUCAGGUGGAAGACCCCAAAAGGAGUUCCUGGCAGAAGUUAGAACACUUGGUAGCAUUCGACACAACAACAUUGUCAAGCUCAUGUGUUGCAUCUCAAGUUUAGACAGAAAGCUUCUAGUCUAUGAAUACUUUGAGAAACAAAGCCUCGACAAAUGGCUUCACGAAGAGAAAAGAGCAGCAUCACCAGGUCAAAGUAGUACCCCUGCCCUGGAUUGGCGAAAGAGACUAAAUAUAGCCACUGGUGCAGCUCAAGGACUCAGCUAUAUGCACCAUGACUGUACUCGACCCAUCAUUCAUAGAGACAUUAAGUCCAGCAAUAUCCUUCUGGACUCAAAAUUCAAUGCAAAAAUAGCAGAUUUUGGAUUAGCAAAAAUACUAUCGAGGAGAGAUGAUAAUCCUGAGACAGCUUCUGCUAUUGCUGGAACAUUUGGUUACAUUGCACCAGAGUAUGCCUCGACAUUCAGAGUGAAUAUAAAGACAGAUAUGUAUAGCUUCGGAGUGGUGCUAUUAGAAUUAACAACAGGGAGAAAACCCAUUCUUAGAGAGGAGCAAAUGAAUCUAGCACAAUGGGCUCAACAGCGUUACAGAGAUGGGAAUUACAUUGUUGAGGCCCUUGAUGAAGAAAUCAUGGAAACAAGUAAUGUGGAACAAAUGAAAGAUGUUUUUAAACUAGGACUAAUGUGUACCGGAGCAUCACCAUCUAGUAGGCCGUCAAUGAAGGAAGUCUGCAACAUUCUUCAAAGUCUCAGAGAACCCAUUUUUUGAAAGAAUAGAAUGUUUAGCCUUACAUAGAUAAAUGUAGUUGUAUUUUUUUUAACAGAAUGAGUAAGUCGUGUUGAUAACAAUUUCUUCCAGCAAUGUAUACUUUAGUAAUACUAGCAGAGGACAUUUUUUAUCCUCAGACAGAUCAAUAGCAUCAUCUGGUUUAAGUAGUGUCAAA